AAAACCCAGAAACCGGAGACCUGAAAUUCUCACCUCUGGAAGGCGUCUUCAUAAACGCCGAUUUUUAGCGUUAAGUUUCGAAUUCUCUAUCUUCAAAUCUUUCUUUAGCAUUUUUCUUGAAUUUUCUGUGGUUUUCUGAAUCAGAGAAGAAAAAGAAAAUGAGAGAGUGCAUUUCGAUUCACAUUGGUCAGGCCGGUAUUCAGGUCGGAAAUGCUUGCUGGGAACUUUACUGCCUCGAGCAUGGCAUUCAGCCUGAUGGCAAGAUGCCGAGUGAUAAGACUGUCGGGGGAGGGGACGAUGCUUUUAACACCUUUUUCAGUGAAACUGGUGCAGGGAAGCACGUCCCUCGUGCAGUGUUUGUUGAUCUUGAGCCCACUGUUAUUGAUGAAGUGCGUACUGGAGCUUAUCGCCAGCUCUUCCACCCUGAGCAACUCAUCAGCGGGAAAGAAGACGCUGCCAACAACUUUGCACGUGGCCACUAUACCAUUGGGAAGGAGAUUGUUGAUCUCUGCUUGGACCGUAUCAGAAAGCUUGCUGACAACUGUACUGGCCUCCAAGGAUUUUUGGUGUUCAAUGCUGUUGGAGGUGGUACUGGUUCUGGACUGGGAUCACUUCUCUUGGAGCGUCUCUCUGUUGACUAUGGCAAAAAAUCAAAGCUUGGUUUCACUGUUUAUCCCUCGCCUCAGGUUUCCACAUCUGUUGUAGAGCCAUAUAACAGCGUCCUUUCAACUCACUCACUCCUUGAGCACACAGAUGUGGCCGUGCUCCUUGACAAUGAGGCAAUCUAUGACAUAUGCAGGCGCUCUCUUGACAUUGAGCGUCCAACUUACACCAAUCUUAACCGCCUUGUUUCUCAGGUGAUCUCAUCCCUCACUGCCUCUUUGAGGUUUGAUGGGGCUCUUAACGUGGAUGUAACAGAGUUCCAGACCAACCUGGUUCCCUAUCCCAGGAUCCAUUUCAUGCUUUCCUCGUAUGCCCCUGUAAUCUCAGCAGAGAAGGCAUAUCACGAGCAACUUUCAGUGGCUGAGAUCACCAAUAGCGCUUUUGAGCCUUCAUCCAUGAUGGCCAAGUGUGACCCGCGCCAUGGCAAGUACAUGGCUUGCUGCCUAAUGUACAGGGGUGAUGUUGUGCCCAAGGAUGUGAAUGCAGCUGUUGCCACCAUCAAGACCAAGCGCACAAUCCAGUUUGUUGAUUGGUGCCCUACUGGAUUCAAGUGUGGCAUUAACUACCAACCACCAACUGUUGUUCCUGGAGGUGACCUUGCCAAGGUGCAGAGGGCUGUUUGCAUGAUCUCCAAUUCCACAAGUGUUGCAGAAGUCUUCGGACGCAUUGAUCACAAGUUUGAUCUCAUGUAUGCCAAGCGUGCCUUUGUGCACUGGUAUGUUGGUGAGGGCAUGGAAGAAGGAGAGUUCUCUGAGGCUCGUGAGGAUCUUGCUGCUCUGGAGAAGGAUUAUGAGGAGGUUGGUGCCGAAUCUGCUGAAGGGGAUGACGGUGACGAAGGAGAUGAGUAUUGAUUGAGGGUUUUCUGUGAUUAUAUGGCUAUUUCUGUUAUUAUGGUUUGUUUUUGAGCCAGAUUGCUAGAAUUGAGGUUUAAAUUGUUGGUGAUUUCUUUCAUUUGUAAUCAUUUUCAUAUCCAUUUGCUUCUUCCUGCCA